CACGCAGUCGUCGCAAAGUCACUGUGAGCGAGGUCGACACUCACUGUGAAAGCUUGUAUCAAGAAAUCUUCGUGGAAGAAGUUCGUUAUCUCGUUUAUCUUCCCUCGUUGGACAAAAAAUGGCUCAAAAAAAUAUGAGCGACUCCGAAGAGGAGUCCUUGAGCGAAAAAGUGGCGAUGUUCAACCAGUGUGCGAACGCACAUAAAGACAAGCAGAACAAAAAUCCGUUCACUUCUGGACUGAAUCUCGAGAAACGCACAUUCUCGAAGGAGGAGUAUGGCAGACCAGUAGCUGGCUCCCUCACAGAUAUUCGUGGUCGCAAAGCAGCCGCCCAUAUCCUGAAGGAAGUGGUGGAAUUAUGCGAGAUCAUCUAUCAAGAAGGCACACCGUGUCGGGACCAUCCAGAGAUCACCGCAAUUACUUUUGGUGAUCUCUUCAACAUUUACACACACAUUAAUGAUAAAUGCGUGGGCCUUCUACUGCGAGCCAGGAAGCAGAAGUUUCUUGACUUCGAGGGAGAAUGCCUUUUCCAGAGGCGAGACGACGACGUGCCAAUAUACCUGGUGAAACCCAUAGCAGAGAUCAGGCAGACGUACAAACAACGAUUGCAGGAGAUAGCCAAAGAAACGCCAAUAAGCUAACAAUCGCUCUCGAUCCUCGUCUCUUCCAUUGUCCAAAACAUCGUUGACGCUCGAUUACUCCAUCGCCUCUGUUAUCCUGUAUUUAUUUAUCGUAGAGUUGACGCGAAUGACUACUAUGCAUAGUCUAUAAUUUCUGUUUGGGACCGAGAAUGCGUAUGUGGAAUGAGUGGGUGUGAGUUUGUGAAUAUACUAAAGUAGAUCGUUAUGAGGAGAGGAAUACGUAAAAUGUGAUAUUCUAUAGGACGUUAGAAAUAAAAGUUUUUAUAAAAUUCCGUGCGAUUUUCCAUAUAGCAUUAAAUCUUCAUGCAAUCACAUUAUGAAGAGAGAAUUCUUGAAAAUGUAACUCGAAUCUUCUUAGGCCCUGUAACAAUGGAGCUGUCGAUUAUUUAAGGUGAUUCUUUCCCAACUGUACUCGUCAAAACAAAACUCAAAGAAAGUAUUAAUAACGAUAUAUUUUCUGUAAUAAAAUUCUUAAAUUAUUA